AUGGCACAGACUAGGGAAGAAGCUGGGGACAGCCAGCUGACAUCUGGUCGGGAUCCAUCAUCACACAUUAUCAGAGUGUCUGUCAAGACCCCACAGGACUGCCAGGAAUUUAUGCUGGCAGAAAACAGCAGCAUCCACCACCUUAAGAAGCUGAUCUCCAGAUGUCUUCACUGUGACACUGACUGACUAAUGCUCAUAUUCACCGGGAAGAUCCUCCGGGACCAAGACAUAAUGAGCCAGUGUGGCAUCCUUGAUGGCACUAUAGUCCACUUGGUGGUAAGGACCCAUUUGAAAGGGUCAGGCAGUCCUGGAACUCUGCCAGGCCCCACAGGCCACAGUACCCAUCAUUCUGCACCAUCAGCCUCUGAGGGUGCUGGAAUGCUAGCUAGGUUGGGCCGACUAGCUCGGAAUUCACCUGAUCUAGCUGACUUCUUUGGCCAGCUGGCUCAACUCCUGAUGGCUACGCCCGAGUCUAUGGUGCAGUUCUUGGGAGAUCCUCUGGUUCAAGGCCUGGCAAGUGAAAAACCAGCCAAUGCCAGUCAUGUUUCUGAAUCCUCAAGGCUAGUACAGAAAUGGGUGCCAGCUCUUAAGGCUCUGGAUACCUUGCAGAACCCAGCCCAGCAACAGGAGCUCCUGCAGGCAGACAAGCAGAGGCUGGAAGCCUUGAAGGCAGUGCCUGGUGGUGACAAUGCUAUGCGUCCAGUCUGCUCUGAUAUGCAGCAGCUCAUGCUCUCCAUUAUGGCCCUAUUGGUUGCCUCCAAAGUCCACUGUCCAGAUUCAGAGCUUUACAGAGGAAAAGCCAAUGCUCACAGCAGUACUGACACCACCACCAUAAUCCCCAUCACCUGUGCACCUGCCAAGCCAUUGGCACAAGAGGUCAGUGCAGGAGCAGUUGCCCAGGUCAGGGGCAUGGCCUCAAGCCAGGCCAAUUCAGGGUGCAGGACUGGCUUGCUGGACUUAUAUUCAGGCCAUGAUCUUCCCUCCCAGGACAGCCAGAAGCCCAUGGAGAAAACCACUCUCACCAUUCAGCUGAGACCUUCACCCUCUGUUCUGCAUACAGCCUUGCAUGUUCUACAGCAGAAUCCAGCUCUGCUACACCAGCUGGCAACUGGCAGCCCACUGAGACAUCAUAUGCUGCUACUACUCAUCAUUACCAACCCACAAGCACUGCAGGCAUUGAUCCAGAUAGAACAAGGCCUACAGAUACUGUCCAGAGAGUUUCCUGGGUUGAGACCCUUCUUAUGGAACCCUGCUAGACCACGUGGAGCCAGAGGAGUCCCAGAAACCAGAGGUAGAAGACGAGAUCAUAGAGCAGACCUCGUGCAAUCCACCUUGGCCAUUCUUCAGCUCCUCCAUGCAUUGGCCAAUGCUUGUUCCCAGUCUACCCAAUCCUCACUAUCCUCAUCCCUCUUCACUGAAGGUCUCUACCAGCAAGAACUGGAGCAGCUUAAGGCCCUGGGUUUUGCAGAUCGUGAUGCCAACCUGCAGGCCCUCAUGGCCACAGGCGGAAACAUCUAUGCUGCCAUUGAGAGGCUGCUAGGAGUGCCACAGAUCUAG